AUGAAAAGCACUUUGUCCCGCGUGCACGUCGGCGCCGGGGCAUCCGUUCUUUCUGACUCGGCCGUCCCCCACGGCUCGGCCGCGCACCUCCACCCCAGCCCCCACGCGCACAGACUCCAACGCAGACAAGGACGAGGCCGAUCCACCGCGCUGCUGCCCUUCUGCGGGGGCCUCGCCGGGAUCUUCGGCCGGAGAGCGGUGAUGCUCGCCGCCAUCCUCGUCUUCAUGAUCGGCAGCACGCUCUGUGGCGCAGCGACGUCGAUGAACUUCCUCAUCGCCGGGCGAACGGUACAAGGUCUGGGCGCCGGGGCCACCGUGUCGCUCAUCCAAAUCAUCAUCUCCGACAUGAUCCCCCUCAAGUCGCGCGGCAUCUUCAGCGGCAUAAUCGCGACGUCGUUUGGCAUCGGCGCCGGCGCGGGGCCCGUCAUCGGUGGCUCGCUCGCGGAGAGCGGCCACUGGCGCUGGCUGUUCUACAUGAACCUGCCCAUCGGGCGGGCUGUGUGCGGUCAUGAUCCUGCUAUUCGUCCGCCUGCGCGUGCCCGAUGUGCCGCUGCGGGAGAAGCUCGAGCGGCUCGAUAUCAUUGGAAACGCGAUCAUCGUGGCAUCGACGACGUCGAUGGUGUUGGCGCUCACGUGGGGCGGCACGGUGUAUGCGUGGGACUCGCCCGCGCGUGGCUGGCGCCGCUGAUCGUCGGCUUUGUCGGGCUUGCGGCGCUGUUGGCGUACGAGGCGACCAUUCCGAAGCAUCCCAUCAUCCCAAUGUCGCUCAUGUCCACCCGCACGGCGUUUAGCGGCUAUGUGCAGAACUUCCUCUCGGCUGUCGCUCUGUCUGCUGUUGGCUACUGGCUACCGGUGUACUUCCAGGCCUGCAAAGGCGCCUCGCCCAUCGCGUCCGGCGUCGACGCCUUCGGGAUCACCUUCACCGUUGCGCCGCUGGCCGCCAUCACCGGGCGCGCUGAUCAACCGCACACACCGCUACCGCGCGCCGAUGUGGUUCGCGUGGGCGCUGAUCGUGGCCGGCGGCGGCGCUCCUGGGCACCAUCCUGCUGGGCUCCGGCAUCGGGAUCAUCUACGUCGCGGCGUACUUCCCGGUGCUCGCGCCCGAUCCCGCCGCGCCAGACGACGCAGGCGCUCGCGUACUUCUUCUUCCUGCGGCAGUUCGCGCUGAUCUGGGGCGUCACGAUCGGCGGCACGAUCCUGCAGAACAAGCUGACGUCGACGCUGCCGGACUCGUUCCUCGCCGAGUUCCCCGGGGGCACGCAGAUCGCGUUCGCGAUCAUCCCGUCGCUGGGCGGCCUGCCGCCGCCGCUGCGCGCGGCCGUGCGGGACUCGUUUGCGCACGCGUUCCGGCUGCUGUGGCGCGUGCUCGCGGGGCUCGGCGGCGCGGGGCUGCUCAGCAGUCUCGUGAUGAAGGGGCUAAGGCUGCACACGGAGGUGGACGGGACGUAUGGCCGCGAGGAGGGGCGGAAGGACGUGGAGAAGCGGGGAUAG